UCCUAGGCAUCGCUAACUAGUGAAGUAUACCAGACGGAAAUGUCUUUGAAGCUGUCCCUUUAAAACUCGAGCAAGCUAUCAGGCAAACUCCGCCUCCAGGGAGGUUCCUUAUUUAACAGGAGCCAGCUGGCUGGGUCAGAGCUCAAAACCCCAAGCAAUACCUGCUACUGAGUAUUUUUCUCCGGACUGCAGCCGGUCGGCAUGGCUCAAGAGUUUGUCAACUGCAAAAUUCAGCCUGGGAAGGUGGUUGUGUUCAUCAAGCCCACCUGCCCAUACUGCAGGACGGCCCAAGAGAUCCUCAGUCAAUUGCCCAUCAAACAAGGGCUUCUGGAAUUUGUCGAUAUCACAGCCACCAACCACACUAACGAGAUUCAGGAUUAUCUGCUACAGCUCACCGGAGCAAGAACGGUGCCUCGAGUCUUUAUCGGUAAGGAUUGCAUAGGCGGAUGCAGUGAUCUAGUCAGUAUGCAACAGAGUGGGGAGCUGCAGACGCGGCUGAAGCAGAUUGGAGCUCUGCAGUAACCACAGGCAGAGCAGGUCCCACGCUGACGUCCCUCCUCAAGAGCUGGAUGGCAUUGCAAAUGAUGACAGUGUUUCCUGGUGGAUGCAUUUGGGAGCACAAACAGCUUUUUUCUUUUGGCUCUAUUUAAAAGUGGAUCAACUUGCUCUUAACCACAGUGCCAAGAAGAUUGACAGGCCAUCGUUUUCUUCUAGAUGCGCUCUUUGGUUUUCAGAAGACUAUGACAAGUUCUCGGCUAGGAUUCGUUCACUGACCCUCAAUUGUUCUUUCUCUUGGGCACGAAUUUCUUUCUUUCUUUGCUUUCCUUUCCUUUUUCCUUUCCUUUCCUUUCCUUUCCUUUCCUUUCCUUUCCUUUCCUUUCCUUUCCUUUCCUUUCCUUUCCUUUCCUUUCCUUUCCUUUCUUUCCUUCUUUCUUUCCUUCCUUCUUUCUUUCUUUCCUUCUUUCUUUCUUUCUUACUGUCCAUUAGCUGAAAUCUUUCUUUCAGAUGGAGUCUUGCUCUGUCACCCAGGCUGUAGUGCAGUGGCACAAUCUCUGCUCACGGCAUCCUCCGCCGCCUGGGUUUAAGCAAUUCCCCUGCCUCAUCCUCCUGAGUAGCUGGGACCACAGGUGCGUGCCACCACGCCCGGCUAAUUUUUUUGUAUUUUAGUAGAGACGGGGUUUCAUCAUGUUGGCCAGGAUGGUCUUGAUCUCCUGACCUCGUGAUCCACCUGCUCAGCCUCCCAAAGUGAUGGGAUUACAUGCGUGAGCCACCGCACCCGGCCUGGCACACAUUUCUUACUGUUCUCCAUGUGUCGGCAUGCCUCUACCGCUAAGCCAGUGUUUUUCAAGUAUGUUUAUCUGGACUCCUUCUCUACAAUGAGGAAUCCAUAGUUGGUUUUCUGCUACUGUCCAUUAGCUGAAAUCAUUUCGCUGCUUGAUUUUAUGGAGUUUGUGUUAUGAAAUCAGUGAGUAUUUUGAAUGUUCAUUCAAACUACAUGCAACUCUCCACUAACCCCACCCCAUCCCAUCCUACCUUGAGAAUCACUGCUCUGAACCAGUGUUCCCAAGCUUGUCCUCUCACAGAUCUCAUAGGAAAUGAUCUUAGGAUCCAAUUGGAGAAAUCACAUGAAAAGUUAGCAUAGUUGGUCUUGGUGUCACAUGGAUCAGAGGCACAAGCUCAGAAGCUGUGAGCACGUGGAACACGCGGUUAUUUAAGCUGGCCAUCCAGACAAUCCUGAACACUGUAUCUAUUUGAUUUAGAGUACCAGCAAAAAUUAAAGCAAAAAUGUAAAACAUUUGAGAAAAUUAACAGCUCCCUACCCCAAGAGUACAUCUGUGAAAGAGCCCCACACAAUUUGAAAACUGAAGACUCCCUUAUCAUGAAGUUUGGCUGUUCUAGAACUGUAAGAUUGUUAAUUCCCUUCUUCAGUCCCUAGUGAGAACACUUAAUUUCUUUUCUAAUAAAAAAAAUACCUAUAGAUGACUCAGUGAUUUUUGUCCAAUUUGUUUCCAUGUUCUUCUCAAGACAUUAAGGAAUGUUACGUGAAGUACACUGACUUAAAACUAUGUCUGUGUUUAACCCUGCCGUUAUAAAUAAAGACAUGUGCUGCUGUCA